AUGGUUGGAGAGCUCGAGGAGGACGGUCGUGCUGGAAGAGGCCGCCACGUAAGCACCUCUGGUUUUGAAGUGACCGUGACCGAAACCUCAAAUGAGGGCCCUAAUGAAAUUGGGAAUGGAACAGUGGAACAGGGUAUGAGACACGGUGAUCUCCCCUCGCAUUCACGUCACCGUCAAAAUGAGGCCAUGAGAGAUGUACCUCUCGACCGAGAAAUGGCUGCAUCUGCAGAUCCUGAGGCUGUUGACGAUGCCGAGUUUGACAACAUUGACCUCAUCGAUGAUAUUGAGGUAGUUGGAGAUCACGAUGAGCCUUCAGCUGUCGGCAUAGAUUCUGAGAACGAGACAAUGGCGGAGGAUGCGGUCGACUCACCUUCCGAGGACUGUCAUGCCGACCCUCGCGAUGAUACCGGAGAUUACAGUAACACAUCAGUCCCACGUAGCGGCGGCGCCUAUGUUGGUGCCAGACAGAACGAAGCCAGCAAUUCCUUCAUUAAUCUAACUGGAGAUGCUGAGAUCGAAAAUGGGGUCGAUAUCCCAGGCUCUGAUGGGGACACUUCAAACUCAGAUGGGGGUAAUCUAAUGUUGAUCGGAACAGGCCCUGGCGGCGAUGGGACCAACGGUGGUGGUUCUCUCGAAGAGAUUGACCUCGAUCACAUCCCAAGUGUCCGCCGUAAUCGACAGAUGACAGAUUUGAACAACGACGAAGAGAUUUCUCCAGCCACCAAGCGCCUACGUACAUCCGAUCAAAACACACCUGGAGGAAGUACCAGCACCGGUGAAAAUGUCAGUUUUGGCCCUGCUUUGGAUAACGUCGACGUUAUUCCAGUCACGAAUGCUGGGGCGGGCAAUCCUUCAUCUAUCCAAUGGCGACAUUUGACCCAGGGCAAGAAGAACGGCACAGGCUACGACCCAGAACUCCUCCAUCGACUUAUUCAAACUGGUAGCUCUGAUGUUCGCAGCUGGUCCGCUAAUGUUCGAUUUAGUGGAUUCUGUAUGUUCAUACUCAAUGUCAUUCCACUUGAUCAAAACUCGCCAGAUGCGGAUGUCGACAUUCUGGCGGGAUCCAUCUCAACAUGGGCCCGAACUGAGCUUAACAGCAGCUUCUCCCCGGUAAUUGAGAAUGGCAUGACCGUCGGUUAUACGGUGAGAGAUGCCCCCAUCGGAGAGGCUGCUACCACUGCUAGCAAUGGUGGAGCUGAUGGCAACGAUGGCGACGAUGGAGGUGAUGGAGAUGGUGAGCGUUUUAAGGUUGUUGAGAUGGUAUUGGCGUAA